AUGACAUCCUCAAAGCAACGGAGGGAGGGUCGUUGGAUCACGACUCUACCCGUUAUCCUCGCAUCUUUUGUCGCUGCUGCGCCCUUGCCUAAUGAUCCUUCCACUCCCGCAAUUACAUCCCCUACAUCGUAUGUCGCCUUCACCGAUGUGGGUACUACCAGAUAUACAUCUGCUCCUCCUACAAUCAUCACAGCUACGCCCACAGCCCUGGUAGACUCUUCCGAUACCGGUUUACCUGACUCGAGCUGGAACUCAUAUCCCACAGCCGCACCUGCUCAAGUGGAAGGUUACUCGGAGGAACCCUCGGUGGUACCAGUCAUCAUCCAGCCUGGUGAUACGUCCAAUGACGCUUAUGCUUUGAGUCCCACUCAAACUGCUUCAUGGGUCUUACCACCCAUGUUCUCAGACAUGUCUCCCUUCCAAGUAUCUUCUUACGCAGCUGGUAAACACAACAUGGCUAUUUUGCAAGGAUCACCAGCCACUGUCAACACCACCGAUUCAUCUAAUCCCGAUGGAUCAACCCCUGCAGAACCUUGGGAUCCAUCGCAAAACGCCUUACAGAUACUUUAUCCUAGUGGAUCGAUCAAUCCUGGUAAUAAGCCACAGGGAGGAGCAGAAUUCUACGCAGCUCCAUUGGACAUCACUAGAGCUACUAAUGCAAGUUUGGAAUAUAGUGUGUAUUUCCCACCGGAUUUCGAUUUUGUCAAAGGUGGUAAAUUGCCGGGACUUUAUGGUGGUCAUAAAGGUUGUUCGGGAGGUAAUGCAGCUGAGGAUUGCUUUAGUACUCGAUUGAUGUGGAGAGCAGGAGGUCAAGGGGAACUGUACUUGUAUGCACCAAAAGAUAAACAGACUCCUUCACUUUGUCAGACUCCGCCUAAAUCCAUUUGCGAUGCGGCGUAUGGCCUGUCCAUCGGAAGAGGAGCCUGGAAGUUUGCUCUGGGAGAUUGGACGACGGUUCGCCAAGAUGUAUGGUUGAAUACCCCCGGUCAAAAUGAUGGAGGGUUCAACAUUUGGGUUAAUGGUCAAUUGAUCCUCUCGGCUAAUGAUGUGAGAUACAGGGAGAAUGGGGAUAGUUGUAUACAAGGUGAAGAUGAUGGUGUUUCGACAGCUAUGAUCAAUACGAUAGGAUUUGGUCAAGGUGGCAUCAUUGAUAAUUCGACUGUCUCAGCGUCAACCUUAGAUGAAGAUUGGCAAGUGUCAGAGGAAAUGGUCAAUACUAGUACGAGUACGAUCACUAGUACGAGUACGAGUACGACUAUGAUCUCGACUGUUACUGUGACUGCUACUAUGCCGCCAAUUUCGACUUAUUAUACACCUUAUACACCGUCCUCGACAAUCACUUCACCGGCUUCAGCUUCAACCGCCCCACCAUCAAGAUCUGCACUUAUUUCAGCUUCUCCAUCUACCGGUCUUCGAAAACGAGAUGAUCCUUCUUCUCAAGUAGACGCCCCAUCAAUGACUGAACACGCCGUAGUGAUUACCAUACCCAUCACCGAUGCCAUCACCACCGUGACAGCUGCUGCAACUCCCACUACAGCUUUCAUCACCGUUCCUACCACAAAUACAAUCACGAGUGAGGUUCCGGUGACUAUCACUCCAUCAGCUUCCGUCGAUACCAUUUUCAAUACAGUUUACAUCACUCAACCCAACACAAUCACCGUCGCUUCAUCUUCCUCCUCUUCUUCCGAUGGCGGUCCGUCGCCCUCACCUUCAGUGAAUCUAUCAGAUAAAUCAAUAGUGAUUCAUCCUGAACCUGUGGUAGCUCAACAAGCUUAUGAAGCUCAAUCACAAGGACAAACACUUCAACCGGUAAUUCUGAAAUCACCUCCAGGUCAAGUCAUGAAAUCUCCCGACGAGAUGAAAAAUCACAUCCAAUCUCAGACACCUUGCGGAGUGGGUUUCAUAGGGUUGUUCUUCUCUACUUUCUUCGGGGGUCAUACGUCCGAUUGGGCAAGUCCCAAAGAUCAGUAUACCUAUUAUAGGGAUUUCAAAAUGUGGAUUAACAGUUAA